AUGGGCAUUCGGCGGCCAGAUAGAAGUCAAAACUCGCAUGGGCAUUCGGCGACCAGAUCCUCCGCGUGCGGAGGAACGUACGGAGGCACCUGGUGCCUCCGCAGUUUGCUGGUGCCUCCGCCAGAUCUCCGCGUGCGGAGGUUGCGGAGGUUUGGAACCUCCGUUAAUUUAAACAUGCAAAACAAAGUUCUGGAUGAAUACCAAAAGAAUGUCGGCGAUUCUUGGAAAACUGUGCAAGCUGAUAACACUGGAGAUGGUAUUGAUUUAAAUGAUGCUCUAACUAAAUUUCAGGACGGUAAGGGCAACAACUCAAGCGCAUCUCAAAACCUGGAAGAAAACCAAAGCCUUCUUGAUGAUAUGACUGGGAUGCUGCAACAGCAACUAACUCUCAAUUAG